AUGAUGUUUGAUGAUGAAACGUCACGUCGAUACGCUUCAUUCAGCGACACUAGUGAUCGUAGCGAAAGUACAGAAUUUCGAGAGCCGCCACCCCCCAAACGGAAAGAGUAUCACUCACCGUCCCCUUCCUUACCUACGCCUUCUUCAAAAAUGCAUCAAGUCUCCUCCGCUGUAUCGCUAGUUUCAUACGCAGGUGGAGAAGAAGAAAGAGAAGAUGCUUUUGAACGAGCUGACCGCGAUGCGGAAGUUGCUCAGAGCCCUUCCUCACCCCCUUCAGGAAUGGUUGAACCCCGCCCCCCGGAACGAGUUAGUCAGAAAAGUGAUACCGACGAUGAAAAUGAACGUCUUAUUGAUAUGGCUCUUGAAGAGGGGCGAAAUGCUCUGAAACAAGUAAUUGCGCGAGAGGGGAGGAUCAACGGGAUCUGGUGGAUGGACACCAGCCUUAUGCAUAGUCGUUACAUGCCGAUGGAUACGCCCCCUCACCAAGACGUUGCUAUACCUCCAGCACCGACAGCGGAGUGUGAUCCUGAAUUAGUGCAAAUCUUCUAUAAACACUUUGAACGGAAAGCAGCUGGCAUAGAUGUGAAUAUUUCGGUGCAAGAACGAAAGGAUUUCCAAAAUCCAUCUAGCUAUGAACAAUUGAUUCUUAAUUUCGGAAUCAAUGAAGUCGGUUAG